CUAUCACAUAUAAAACAGCACACCAACAUCUGUACGCUAAUAGUAGAUUCCAGAACGCAAAACAAGUGUUCAUUUUCUCACUCCAUUCUUUUUCGCUCUCAUAAAAACCCUAGCGGGCGGUACAGAAUCUCAGAGAACUCUAGCCAUGGAUAUUGAGGAGGAAAUCAGAUCGUUACAGCUUGAUUCGGCAGAAGAUAAUGGAGUUGUUAAUCCAGAAGCUGCACAUCCGGAAGUUGAGAAUUCCGAUAAGAUGGAGGAAGAUUCCAAGGAAGAGGUUCAUACACAUUCAGUUAAGCCAGAGGUGGUUGAGCAAAAAGGGAAGGAGAAGAUAAACGUGGAUCCAGAAGAAGAACAUGAUGAGAUGGAACUAGAUAAGAAGAGGCACUUGAAUGUUGUUUUCAUUGGCCACGUCGAUGCUGGAAAGUCCACAACUGGAGGCCAAAUACUUUUCCUUAGUGGUCAGGUUGAUGACCGUACAAUCCAAAAAUAUGAAAAAGAAGCAAAGGAAAAAAGUAGGGAAAGCUGGUAUAUGGCCUAUAUUAUGGAUACCAAUGAAGAAGAGAGGGUUAAGGGUAAAACAGUUGAAGUUGGACGAGCACAUUUUGAAACAGAUGCAUCAAGAUUUACGAUUUUGGAUGCUCCUGGCCACAAAAGUUAUGUUCCAAAUAUGAUCAGUGGUGCAUCUCAAGCUGAUGUAGGAGUACUGGUUAUUUCUGCUCGGAAAGGAGAAUUUGAAACUGGGUAUGAGAGGGGUGGACAGACCCGUGAGCAUGUUCAGCUUGCUAAAACUUUGGGUGUGUCCAAACUGCUUGUUGUUGUAAAUAAAAUGGAUGAUCCUACCGUCAAUUGGGCAAAAGAAAGAUACGAUGAAAUUGGGUCAAAGAUGGUGCCAUUCCUUAAAACAUCAGGCUACAACGUGAAAAAAGAUGUCCAAUUCCUACCUAUAUCUGGUCUGGUUGGUACAAACAUAAAAAACAGAGUGGAUAAAACAGUAUGUUCGUGGUGGGAUGGUCCUUGCCUGUUUGAAGCCCUUGAUUCCAUUGAGAUUCCUCUACGGGAUCCCAAAGGUCCAUUCAGGAUGCCUAUCAUAGACAAAUUCAAGGACAUGGGAACUGUUGUUAUGGGCAAAGUGGAAUCUGGUUCGGUUCGAGAGGGGGAUUCGUUGUUUGUCAUGCCAAAUAAGGUUCCAGUGAAAGUUAUUGCUAUAUUCAUUGAUGAAGAUAGGGUCAAACGUGCGGGACCUGGUGAAAAUCUACGGGUUAGAUUAUCGGGCAUUGAGGAAGAGGAUAUAUUGUCAGGUUUUGUCUUAGCCAGUGUUGCAAAUCCAAUACCAGCGGUUACAGAUUUUUUUGCCCAGUUGCAGAUCCUUGAAUUGCUGGACAAUGCAAUCUUGACGGCUGGCUACAAAGCUGUCCUGCAUGUUCACUCAAUUGUUGAAGAAUGUGAGAUUAUUGAGCUCAUAAGUCAAAUGGAUCCAAAGACGAAGAAGCCUAUGAAAAAACAGAUUCGUUUUGUCAAGAAUGGUGCUGUUGUUGUAUGCAAGAUUCAGGUGAAUAAUUUGAUAUGCGUUGAGAAGUUCGCAGAUUUUCCACAACUUGGAAGGUUUACUCUUCGUACUGAAGGAAAAACUAUUGCAGUGGGAAAAGUAAUUGACCCUCCAUCAACUUACUCCCGCAAAUUGAGUUCUUAAACAAUUUUGAUCUUGAGGAGCUGGGUCAGUAGGACUGGCGGCAUGAUGGUUCCAAGUCAGCUCAGGAUCUUUCCUACUUACUCAACGUGUAUCGAUUCUGGUAUCGGGUUAAUAUAGUUGGUAGGUUUAUGAUGGAAUAUACUGUUGCUGGUGGCCACGUACUCUGGAGUGAGCUUCUGCCGGGUACGGUGGGCAUUUUUCAUUUGUAUGGGUGUAAAGUAGUCUUGAUUUGAUUCACCCAUUGUUGGGUUACUACAUGAUUCAAAGUCUGACCAGUCGUUGAUCAGUCUAUUUCAUUAAUGGUUGUUAUGAUGGGCUUAACAUAUAUAUAUUUUUUUUGAGAAACUUUUGUACAAACUCACUAAAGAUUCUAUAUCGUACGAUUGGAAUGAAUUCGGUGUGCAUA